AAGAUUAUUCUUAUAUAUAUUGUGUUGCUAUCUGAAAGAAAUAUUUUAUUAUAAAAGUUAAAAAGUUAAGAUAAAAAACCAAUUGAUAAUUAAAUAUUAGUCAAGCAAAAAAAUUAUAUAAAGAUAUUUUCUAAACUAUUUCUAAGAUAUGAGUGUUUUAAAAAAAAAUUAACACAAAAGUAAGUAUAUAUUUUGAUAAAAAAAUAUUUGACAUAUAUAAAUACUUUGAUGUUUGAUCUAACUAUUUAAAACCAUAAAUAAUUACUUAUUACGUUGGUUUUAGAUUAAUAAAACAUAAACUAAUAAGUAUUCAUAAGAAGUUUAUGCCCGCAUAUGCAGGCAAAACACCUAGUUUAUAUAUAUAUAUAUAUAUAUAUAUAUAUAUAUAUAUAUAUAACGGAUCAAAUUGGAUAUUUGUUCUAUUGAUAUUUGUGAUUUACUUCGUAGAGUAACAAAUAUCCUAAUUUUUCAGUUCGAGUCAAAACGGAUAACGAAUCGAAUCAAAAUUUAUGAAUAAUUUGUCCAGAUCUAUUCGUAAACAUUAAAAAUAACAUAAAGAAGAACCAUGCAUGUGAAUUUUAUAUUAAAAAACGUAAAGUACAUAGUGUGAACAUAUUGAUGUAGAGUUUGGCUGAAAAACUCUCUACAUGUGACAUGUGUCCAUUUUAAUGUUAACACAUUUAUUACAAUGCUUCUACACGUGAAAUGUGUCCAGUUUAGUGUGAACGCAUUUAUUACAAUGUUUCUUCUUUAAUAUAUAAGGGAUUUUCUACUCGAGAAUUUAGUCAUCGUUCAUAACAUAUAUGAGUAUUCUUGUAAUCUAAAAGUUGGUUUUUCAGUAUAAAGUUUAAACUGACUAUAAGGUCAACAAUGAGGGUGAUUUGUUGGGAUGCAACAAUAAAAAAUUUGUUGUAAAAUAUAAUCUGUAUAAUUUUUUUAUUUAGAUGUAAAGAAAUAUACUUUUAAAUUUUACUGUUAUAGCAAUUUUUCUACAGCUAAAAAAGCUGUUUUAGAAAAUAAUUUCUUACAGCUAUUUUAUUAUUGUAGUUUUAAAAACUAUUCUAAAUAUUAUUGAUAAUUUUAAAGGAUGUAUAAAAAUUAAAGCCAAAAACAUUUCUUAUAGCUCAAUCAAUCACCUUCAGUGUUUAACUACUGAACUACAUUUUCGCUUUAUACUUUUAAAGAAAUCCAACAUACAAAUGAUACAAAGUGAACAGUGUUUUAAGAAUAUUACAAAAACAUUUUGGUACAUACCUUAUCAGAUAAUCCGGUCACUUUUGAGAAAGAUGCACUUAGUGCUACAGUGUUGACUAAAUACCAUCUAUAAUACUAAAAGGGGGAUAUAGAGAGCAGGUAAGGUGUCCACGUCGGAUUAUUUAUUCGAACCAAUCAGGAGCGUCGAAAUUGACACGUCAUCCUGGGCUCGCGGUUUGCGAUUUGUUUCUGGUAUGUGUUGUGGGCUUCACCGAAUGUUGUGGGCUUCACCAAAGUUUUGUGGCCUAUAUUGGAGUUUAGCGUCGUUUUUGCCGUAAUUGAAACCUCGAAGAAUCCGUCGAGGGAUGAGAUUCUCAUCACUGCUACCUCUUCGUCUUCUCCGAUCGAUGAGCAGAGAAGCCGAGAUCUAAUCGAUCCACUUCUAUACAAUCAAUAUACCUCCUUAAUGAUUUCGUUUCACCUCCCCCUUUUCAUCCUCCUUUAUAUACUCCUUUUCAUCCUCCUUUAUAUACUGAUCUUCUCUAUUAUCCAAAACCCUAGAAUCACUCAAAUCUCGAUCCAUGGCGAUGAAACGAAAUGGGAAGUCUCCUGUCUCCUCCGACCCUGAUGAACAAGUCAUGUUCUUCAAGGAUGUCUCUCUAGGUCCACACGAGACUCAGCUUCGCUUCCGGCUCAUUCAUUUCUGGGAGGCUCGAAACCCGGUCAAGAAGACGCUGAUUGGCCUCGAAAUGCUCCUCAUUGACGAACAGGGAACUGUUAUUCAAGGAUUCAUCCCACCAGGACGAAUUAAGAAGUACUUACCUGACAUGAAACGUGGAUCAGUUUACAAACUCAUCAACUUCUACGGGUCGAAAAACAAACCGGUGUAUCGGGUUGCUGAUCAUGUCGCAACCGUGUCUUUCGCGUGGAACUAUGAGAUGUCUGUUCUUCGCGAGAUUCCCAUCUCUUUUGAUGAAGACCGUUUUAGGUUUCAUUCAUACGAAGAUUUUGAAGCCAACUGUGAUCUCAAAGGCGACCUCUACGAUGUUGUUGGUCACAUGAAGCUGGUCGAUGGCCAGACUCUAAUUGAGCGUCCCAGCCUUGAUCAUGCGAAGAUCGCUACCACUCGGCACAUUAUGGUUCACGUGCAGUCACAUAAGGGACCUGUGAUGAAGCUUUACCUUUGGGACCAGGCUGCAACAGACUUCUGCGAGAAGUUCAACUCCUGUGAAAACACUCCCACAGUGCUUUUGGUCACCACUGUUAACACCAAACGUCUCGGAGGUACCCUUGCCCUGACCUCUAUGUCUUCUACACGGGUUUUCAUGGACUAUGAUGUCCAACCAACCAGAGAUUAUUUCACCUGGCUGGGCUCUAACCCAGAGAUUGCUAAUCAGGUUAGCGCAGACGUCAUCACUAAGCGUGAGACACUGAGUAUAGCAGAGAUAUUCUCCUACAUGACUCAGGAAUCCGCCAAGGUAAAAGUAAACGCUAAUAUAUUUAAAUAUUGUGACCAAAGUAUAUAUAUUUCAUGCUAAGUAUUAUAUUGAAUAUAUUUUAACCAUAUGCCUAUAAACCGUCCAGGCUGCCUUUUUUGAGUGCACAGCUACGAUUGAUGAUGUUGUGCAUGGCUAUCCUUGGUACUAUAUUGGAUGCAGUGGGUGCCAUUCUAAGGCUACCAAUGGCCCGAGUUCGUUGAUUUGUACAAACCCAAAAUGU